AAAUUGUGUGGAAAAAUACCGCGGUUUUUUUUUCAUGUGAAACAUGAACACAUGUUAUAUUGCGCACUGUAAACACAAUUAAAGCUUCAAAAACACAAAAACAGGAAUCAAGAUCAAUCAAUAUCCUUUAGACACAGACGCACACCCACUCACAAAAGCUUCCUGUGUGGCUCUCAAACCUUAAGCUUCAAAGUAUUGGACAGAAGAAGAAAAAAACAAGAGACGAGAGAGGCAAUGCCACAUGUAGAGACAGAAUGACACACAACAAUGUAUGCAAGAAUCAGAGAGAGAAAGAGAGAGAAACCAACGUGAGAGGUUGAGGGAGGAAAGGGCCACAGUGAUAUUUUACAUCUGACCACAGAAGCUGUCAACUGUUGCUGUCACUGCUUCCGUGACGACAGAUCACACAGUUCCUCAACUAAGCACACAGCAAAGACCACAGCGACAAGAGAGACAGAGAGAGAGAGAGAAACCGAAACAUGGGCACUUUUCAGAAGCCCACCGAUUACUGCUCUUCUCUGACAUGACAGACGUUUCCUCGGCACAAAUCAUGCCAUGGACCCCCAGGCUGAGAUUCUGAGGGGCUUAUUGGCCCAUAUCACCAGCAAGGAAGCAGAAGAAGAGGGGUCAGAGAACGGCUUCGCUGGAGAGUUUUCGAAACUCAAGAGGCAGUCUACUAAGUAUCGUGCCGAGAGGACCUACCCAACCGUAGCGGCGGACAAACAGGACAAUGUGAAGAAAAACAGAUAUAAGGAUAUUGUACCAUUUGAUCAUAGCAGAGUAAAGCUUUCACUCAUUGCAUCCAAACAUGAUUCAGACUACAUCAAUGCAAGUUUUAUUAGGGGGGUUAUGGGCACUAGGGCAUAUAUUGCCACACAAGGUCCACUUCCAAAUACAGUGCUCGACUUCUGGAGAAUGCUGUGGGAAUACAAUGUACAGGUUGUCGUUAUGGCUUGCAGAGAGUUCGAAAUGGGCCGGAAAAAAUGCGAGCGCUACUGGCCGGAGUCAAAGGAGAACGCGUUUGUGUGUGAACCCUUUACCAUACACAUUGAGUCUGAGGAGAAUAAGGGCGAAUAUGUGACAAGGACACUUAAAGUGACAUUUAAACAAACAUCCCGGACAAUGAAGCAGCUGCACUACGUGAACUGGCCAGAUCACGGAGUACCCGACUCAAUACCCCCAAUACUGCAGCUGGUGCAAGAAAUGCGCAUUUACCAAGAUCACGAUGACCUUCCCAUCUGCAUUCAUUGCAGCGCCGGGUGUGGAAGAACGGGUGCAUUGUGUGCAAUUGACUAUACCUGGAAUCUACUGAAGAGACAGGCGAUACCUGAGGAUUUCAGCAUCUUCGACAUUGUAAAAGAAAUGCGUACACAGCGUCCAUCCGUGGUACAGACCAAGGAACAAUAUGAGCUCGUUUACAGAACCAUUAAACUGCUGUUUGAGAGAUAUUUGGAAGCAAUGGGUGAAUCAGAAAGCGAGGUUCCAGCCUCCCCCUCACCUGUUUCCAUAUCAAGUGAAAGUGAACUCUCAGAUAUCAGUGAUGCUGAAUCAGACACCGGGACAGAUCUCAGAGCGCUGAUUGAACACAGGAGUUAUGGGGCAAAUGCUCUAUUGGAUGACUGCGAUCACAUUACAGAUGACCUCAACUCUUGGCCACAGUCUCAAGCACCAACAUUCUGCCAAAAAGACAUUUCCACCACCCUAAAUACUCCAGCAGACAUGCUUAACUUAAUAAGUGAACAGACAAAGACUAAAGAAAGUCAGAGGCCAUUUAUAACACAAACUCCUCAAAUGGACUUUACGUCUAUAUGUGGAUCUGAAGGAACUGAGCCAUCCACAAGUUUAAAAACUAAUUUCACAGAAGCUGCAUGUUCGAAUUACUCAGUCAGUCUGGUACAAGAGCUUAGACCAAAUCUGACAGAGUGGACUGAGGACCAAGAGUUCAGUUUUGUUACAAAAGACCCCAACCCGGUUACAGUUGGCAACCUCUGCCUCACUGUUGAAGAUCCUUAUUUUGAUCCCGAGUCUUCACCAACUACAAACAGUCCCCCUGUUGUGAAGACUACACCUGCAAUCUGGAUUGAGAACACUUGUUUCACAACAUCUAGUUCAGAGUUUCAUCUUCAGGCUUUAGAAGUGCCGGUAGAUGGUUACAGUGAUAAAGGUGCACUUACACCUACAUCAGAUGAAGAGACGCCGCCUCCUUUGCCUGAGAGAACACCAGAGUCUUUUAUACUGGCAUAUGAAACUAAAGAUGUCACCAAAGCCAGUGAUGAUCAGUUGACACUGGAAAUCCCAUCCAGCUCAGACUGCGUCAGUGGCAGCCCUCCCUCACCUGCGCCCCCGCUGCCUGAGAGAACUCCAGAGUCUUUUGAAUUGGCCACAGAUGAGGAUUUGGUACAAAACAUGACACAGGAAAAGCCACAGGAAGUUGUAAUGAGAGUUGGGAAGUCUUCAGAAUGGUCCGGAAAAUCGAAUGAACUUCAGGAAGGCAUCAGUCGAACCUGGUCCAGAAGCAAGAGCUUAAAACUUAGAAUGUCACUUCCUGCACCACCAUCUGCUCAGUUUAGUCCUAUUCCAAUCACAAGCCACAGUCCUCCUCCUCUACUGUACACAUGUUCACAGGAACCUGCAUCACGUCACACCCAAUCGCCACGUGAUCCGGUCACUUUUAACCUAGUGUCAAAUAAAGAAUCUGUGACUCCACCGCUUCCUGAAAGAACCCCAGAGUCUUUCAUUUUUCCCACGGAGGAAGUGCCGGCCAAUAGCGCCUCCUGUCUGUCAAACGACGCCCCGCAUCAAAGACAGAGAGUGGGCACAUCAUCUGAAUGGUCAGGCAGCUCUCAUUCCAAACCACUUGUAGAUCAUUCUUGGAGCAGAAGCAAGAGUGUCAGAACGAAAGGUUCAAAACAAGAGCCUUUAUCUGUGGCCCCAUGUACUCCACAACUGUCUGUUGCCAUGGGGACCGGAGGCCAAAAUACGGCAGAGCAGCAGGUGGCGCACGGUAGCCAACAAGCCGCAGCUGGGCCAGCAGAUAACCAGAUGAACAGAGGGGAAGAGAAAACUUCACUGGUCAGCAAGGCCAGGACUAAGAGCAUUAAGUUUUUGAAAGGAAAACAGAAGACAAAAACAGCCCCGCCUUCAGUCCCGCCUUCAGCUCCGCCUCAGUCUGCACCUCCACCAUAUGGUGCUACGGCUGGAUUCCUAUUUUCUUUUGGAUUGCGUUUUGGAAAGCCGAAGGGUCCGCGGAAAAGGCCGGAAACAUGGGUCUAAUUCAAAUGAAGAAGCAGUGUUACAGUACAAAAUUGACAGAAUGAGAAAGAUGGCCGUCUGUCAAUGAUUCUUUUUAGUUUUCGAAAGGAAAACAUUAGAGCUGGAAAAUGAAAGAACAGUGGCUAAACAAUUGACGGCACACAAUAGGUGGACUUUUACAAAGAUUGUGCCUGUGUCAUAAUAACCACUUGUAAAGGUACUAUGAAGGGGAAUGAGCUUUUUGUAAUGGAGUACAUGUAUGUUGCACAUACACCUGCAUUUAGGAUAUCAAUUAAAAUGUAUAUACAUAAAUAACAUUGUGGUAAAUAAACAAAAGAUAAUAAAGGGUAUGAUGAGUAUAUUGAGAAA